AUGAGUUACCCCUACUACUCUCCUCCACCACCUUCACCACCUCUGCCAUGCUCUCCUCCACCACCACCGCCACCUGCGCCAUGUAACCCUGUAAGCUCACCACCGCCACCUCAUCACCACCACCACCACCAUCACCAUCAUCCACCAAAACACUAUGAUAGCCAUCCACCGCCACCACCAUCACCAUCACCACCGCUACCUCCUCCACCUCACCACCACCAUGAUUAUCAGAAGCCACCAACUCCGUCACCACCACACCACCACCAUGACUAUCCAAAGCCACCACUUCCCUCACCUUCUCCACCACCUCCACCCCCACACCACCAUGACUAUCCAAAGCCACCAACUGCGUCACCACCACCACCGCACCAUCAUGACUAUCCUAAACCUCCACCUCCUUCUCCUACACCCCCAUAUCACCAUGACUAUCCUAAACCACCACCUCCUUGUCCUCCACCACCACAUCACCAUGACUAUCCUAAACCUCCAACUUAUUCACCACCCUCAGUUCCAGCACAACCACCAACCAAACAUGAGGCUCCACCACCUCACUCACAUGUCUAUCCACCAAAACCUUCCUAUGGCUCUGCUCCACCACCAAAACCAUACCACCACACAGCUCCACCACCUGAACAUGUACAUCCACCAAAGCCCAGCCCAACUAUUCCACCACCACAAUCACCUCCGAAAGCUUGUCCACCAAAGAGCAACCAACCUCCAGUCCACCCUCCAAAAUCAUCACCACCAAGCCACCCUCCAAAGCCAUACCCUCCCAAAUCCUCACCACCAAAAAGUCAACCUCCAGUCCACCCUCCCAAAUCAUCACCGCCACAAAGCAGCCACCCUCCAGUACAACCACCAAAGCCAUACCCUCCAAAAUCAUCACCACCAAAGCCCAGUCACCCUCCAAAGCCUUACCCUCCCAAAUCAUCGCCCCCCAAAGCAUCACCUCCAAAAAACACCUACCCUCCAAAGGCAGCGCCACCAAAAUCCGCAUACCCACCGAAGGGUGCGACCCCACCUGCAUUCCCUCCUGGUUACCACACUCCUCCUACCCCUUUCAACGCGGUCCCACCUUCAUCUGAAAUUGUGGCACCGCCACCAGGGAAAAACCACACCACUGUCAUCGCGGUGUGCGUCUCCCUGGGUGGUGCCUUCUUCCUUGCCUUCCUCUUAGUCGGCCUCUUCUGCUUCGCCAAGAAGAAGAAGAAGAGAGUGAUGGUUCCUGCAGCAGUUCCUUGUAUCGAGGAAGAAGAACAUCAACCAGAAGCAGUGCCAGCAGUAGGAGGAGGCGCAUAUGGUGCUGCGCCACCUCCAGUACCGGUUCCUGUAGAGCAACACGGAUAUGGUGGUGGUGGCGGUGCAGCUGAGAUCGGGCCUUCUGGGCCGCCAGCUUAUGCUCCUCCUGGUCAUCAUCCAAGUUAUUGA